GUGAGGAUGAUGUCAUUUUUGUUUAAAUUUGGAAACCCGUAAUUAGUCUUUAAUAAAUUCAUUGUAAUGAGCUUAUACUUUACCUUUCUUGGAAUAUCGAUCCUAUUCUUGGCGCACUUCUUUAAAAUUCGUGCCAUACACAGCACUGGGAAUUGCACCUUCGCGAUCAACGUCAAUUUUAGGUACGUGUGCAAGGGCAAUGUUUCGGAGGAUAUGUAUACAAUGUUUCGGGAUAACCGAGCUCCUGCCGACACGCCCUACAGCGUUUGGCAGACCAAAGAGGACGACUCCGCUCUCCUUGUGUCGUUUUACACCAUUGAGUUUACAGACUACGAUACCAUCGAGCUGCAGGCAGGCGCGAAGGAUCUUGCCCAAUCCUUUCUAGCCACGACUGAAACUACCCAAGAUAUUCUAUUUUUGAAACUAUCUACCCUUCACUGCUUUUCCUUCGGUCUGCGCUACACGAAUGAGCUGCGGAGGCACUGUCUGGGCCAAAACAUCAGUGAGGGAGGGGACCUUACCAAGAAGCCGAUCCUUCACUACGGCGCGCUUCGAGUAAAAAGUCCCGAUUUAGCAAAGAAUGAUGCAAGUACAACAAGUCUGCUGGGAAAACUGCUCCUUUCCGUGUGUGCGGUAAUCAUUUACUAACAUAAAAGUUUUGUACCCAAACUGAA